AUGGGGAUCCCAGGCAAAAUGGGUUGCACUCUGGCCAUCGUGUGCAUGCUGCUUCUGCUUGGAGGGCAUCUCCAGGGGUCAGAACUGAGCCUGAGGCUAGUGGAUGGGCAGAACAGAUGCCAGGGCCGCGUUGAAAUAUUUUACAAUGGAGCUUGGGGAACAGUUUGCGAUGACUCCUGGGACAUGGACGAUGCCAACGUGGUCUGUGCUCAGCUCGGAUGUGGCCAGGCCACUGGUGCCGUGGGGGCAGCCCAGUUUGGUGAGGGCAUAGGAGACAUCCUGCUGGAUGAAGUGCAGUGCCGAGGGAACGAGGCUCUGCUCUGGCAGUGCUCCCAUGAUGGAUGGCUCAUCACCAACUGCCUUCAUCAGGAAGAUGCCGGCGUCAUCUGUGCAGACGUGUCCCUGAGGCUGGUGAACGGGAGGAACCGAUGCGAGGGCCGUGUCGAAGUCCAUUACCAGGGCAACUGGGGCACAGUCUGCGACGACUCCUGGGACCUGCAGGAUGCCCAGGUGGUGUGCAGCCAGCUGGGCUGUGGCAGGGCUGUUUCUGCCCUAGGAAAUGCCAAUUUCAGCCAAGGCUCGGGAGAGAUCCUCCUUGACGACGUGCAGUGCAGAGGGAACGAGGCCUACCUGUGGGAAUGCCCCAGCAGAGGGUGGUCGGUCCAUAACUGCGCGCACGUGGAAGAUGCUGGUGUUGUUUGCUCAGGAACUGAAAUACCUGAGGUGUCCAUGAGGCUGAUAAAUGGCAGAAACAGAUGUGAAGGGCGCGUGGAAAUCUACUAUAAGGGAAGCUGGGGGACUGUAUGUGAUGAUUUCUGGGACAUAAAUGAUGCACAGGUCGUCUGCAGGCAGCUGGGAUGUGGAAAUGCUCUCUCUGCACUGGGAAAAGCACAUUUCAAUCCAGGGACAGGGGAUAUUUUCCUGGAUGAUGUGCAGUGCCAUGGAAAUGAAUCCUACCUGUGGGAAUGCUCUCACAGAGGAUGGGCCACACAUAACUGUGGGCACAGAGAAGAUGCCAGUGUGCGUUGCUCAGGUACAAGUGGUUCUAUUUAUUUAAGUAAAACUCUGCAUUGGAAAACCUUGGACUCACUUCUUCAGACAUUCAUCGUGACGUUUAUUUCUGCUCUGUCUUUGGUAGAAGUAGCUCUGCGCCUGGAGAAUGGCGGCAAUCGAUGUGAGGGACGUGUGGAAAUGUUUUACAAAGGACAGUGGGGAACAGUGUGUGAUGAUCGGUGGGAUAUUGAAGAUGCUCGGGUUGUCUGCAGACAGCUGGGCUGUGGGCAGCCCAUCUCAGCACCAGGAGAGGCCCAGUUCGGGGAAGGCUCUGGGGUUAUUUUCCUGGAUGACGUGCAGUGCAGAGGGAACGAAGCUCACGUAUGGGAAUGCUCCCACAGCGGUUGGUCAAGACAUAACUGUGGCCACAGUGAAGAUGCCAGUGUUGUCUGCUCAGACACACCACAAUUGCGACUGGCAUCUGGUGGGGACAGAUGUGCUGGAAGGGUUGAAGUUUACCACAACAGCGAGUGGGGGACAGUCUGUGAUGAUUUCUUUGAUAUGAACAGUGCCAGCGUUGCGUGCAGACAACUCAAAUGUGGCCAAGUUGUUUCUGUCCUGGGCUGGGCUUACUUUGGCCCUGGAGAAGGAAGCAUCCUUCUGGAUGAUGUGAAGUGUGCAGGAACCGAAUCUCACAUUUGGGACUGCUCGCAUGCCGGCUGGAACAAAAGUGACUGUGGACACAAUGAGGAUGUCAGUGUCGUCUGCUCAGCAGAUGUUCCAGCCCUGUCCCUGCGCCUUGCAGAUGGUGACAGCAGGUGCUCAGGCCGUGUGGAGCUCUAUUAUAAUGGCAGCUGGGGAACAGUCUGCGAUGAUGCUUGGGAUCUGGGGGCUGCUGAGGUGGUGUGCCGGCAGCUGGGCUGUGGGGAGCCUAUGAUGGCAGUGCCUGAAGCACAGUUUGGCCAGGGCUCUGGGAACAUCCUCCUGGAUGAGGUGCAAUGCAGAGGGGAUGAGGACAGCCUGUGGGACUGCUCUCACCGAGGGAUAGGUGUGCAUAACUGUCAGCCAAAGGAAGACGCCGGCGUCAUUUGCGCAGAGCUGUCUCUGAGGCUGGUGAAUGGAGACAACAAGUGCUCAGGGCGCCUGGAAGUCUUCUACAACGGCAGCUGGGGAACCAUCUGCGAUGAUGACUGGGACAUAAACAGUGCCAGGGUUGUGUGCAGGGAGCUGAGCUGCGGAGAUGCCGUCUCAGCCAAAAAAAGUGCCUUUUUUGGGGAAGGCACGGGAGAUAUCCUCAUGGAUGAUGUGAAAUGCACAGGGGAUGAGUCCUUCCUGGAGCAGUGCUCUCACAGGGAGCUGGGAACACAUGACUGUUUGCACAAGGAGGAUGCUGGUGUUAUCUGCACAGGGCCUGUGGAUCUUACCACUCCUGGAACAACAGGUAUGGAGCACUUCACCACUCAGUCACCUCAGAUGUAG